CCUCUCAGAUUGGCGGCUUUUUUUUUGUCAAACGGCCGCUUAUUUGACCGUAUUCGGAAUUUCGGAUGAAGGGCCGCUCGGACGGAAGUUCGUCUCCGGCGGACGCCACCUCGGGCCUCGCCGCCCUCUACGACGCGUCUCGGUCGUGCGACCGGAUAAAAUACGCCGCUUAUAGGACGGCGGCCAAGGUGAAAGUCUUCCAAGACGGCCUCGGCCUCGGAGCCGUACGCGUCUCCACCGUAGACGGCGUCCUCGCCCGGCACCGGCUCGUUUACACUAACGAAAAGAUAUUCGUCGGUGACGAACAGCUUGAAAGCAUCCUCUACGACUUGUUCUACGCUUCCCGGGCCGAACAAGGAGCGCGUUUCGAUGUCGAGAGGCGCGUAAGUCUCACAAAAGAGUUUUUAACAAAAGUCUUCAAUUCUGAUAAAAUCAGCGUUUUGGAUUUGAAAGUCUGCCUCGUUUGUUUGUGCGGAUCGCCUCUACAGGCCAAAUAUCAGUAUUGGUUCAAACAGCUUUGCGAUCAUAAUCUCCUGCUGCCGAGAACAAGGUUGAACAAGCUGCUCGAUUCACUUCUCGCCUUGACUCGAUUUCUAUCCGAGUCUAAUACUUUUUCUUCAAAAUAUGUCGAAUCGACAUUGGACUCUUGUUAUGGGACGUCGUCGUUUGGAGUGAAUGCCAGUGAGUUUAUCUGUUGGACGUUGAAAGAGCCGCAGUUGCUUGUCUGGCUCUCUACGCUUUACAGGAUGAGGGCAGCGGAAGGAGUCGAGCAUGGAGUUAGGUGCGCGUCUUGCGGAUCCUCUGUCCUCGGACUGCGCUACAGCUGCCUCAAAUGCAUCGGCUACGAUCUCUGCCAGGAGUGCUUUUUUACGGGUAAAGUUACAAAAAAGCACAAACUGAGUCAUAAAAUAUGCGAGUAUUGCGUACGUACUUCGUCUUGUGUGAUGCUGAUCAGGUCGCUCUUGUACCGACUCGUUCGUAACCGUUCAAAACUACAAUACCUCCCUGCGGAUGACGGUCCUGAAAUACCAGACGAUUCUGUCUUUGAAAGGCCUGGCGAUAAACUCACCGAUAUAAUAAGUCAGAUUGAGGCGCAAAGGAAACUACUGAAUGAACAUGACGCCGAAACGAUCUCUGAUCAUGUAAAGUUCCUAGAGGAACAUGCCGAAAGACUCAGAUCUUUAAGGAAAGACAUACAAGAUGACUUUUUUAUGAGUACACCUGUCAAGAAACUCACGGCGGCAUUCGACCUAAGCCCCGUCGUCGAGGUGCAUGAUGACCCGUCCACAAGCAGGUUUUCCGACUGGGCAGACGAGAUAUCUAAAGAUGUCUCGUACACACAGCAACUACACCGUGACCUCGACCUGGUCAUGCAAAAGCUCAACGGACUCAUCGACUCCAACUUCUCAGAUGAAGAAACGACCAAAGUUUGACCAGUGCAACAUCAAAAUAUAUUUGUAACUAUACAAUGUACAAAAUGUCAAUUAUACAAAUUUAAAAUAUA